AUGAAAGGACCAAAUGGGAAAUCCGUUAUUCUAAACCGUGCGACGGUUUCAAUCAGUGCUACAGUCUAUGAUAGGAGAGCACUUGAUUGUACAGAUGAUAAGGCACUAGUCAACUCAUUGAACCACUUGACGUUUUUGACGUCGUCUUCAGCUAAGGUCAGAGAGGCGAUGAUUCAUGAUGGUGCAAUUGAGAGAUUGAUUGACAUCUUAUACGAGUGCCGUGAUCCCAAGACUAAAACUGAAAUUGCCAUGUUUGCAUGGAAGUGGGUCUUAUCAUUACAAUGCCUAGUUCUGGCAGGUACCAGAGGUAGUGAACAAAUGCGGAAAAAAUUAGUCGAUGCAGGCAUCAUACCUAUUUUGGCAACCAUUUUAGAUAACCAUUUCUUAACAAGAAAGAACCACUCGUUAAAUCAUGAUACAUCAUCUUCUAAUUCCCCAGCAAGUAGAAACAAUUAUGUUGGAGGAAACACAACCAGUAAUACCAUUCUGACAAAUACACCGACAUCAGCUGAUACACCUGAGAAUUUUGGCUCUAUAAGUAACGAGGAUAUCUUAAUAACCGACACGCAUGAUGAUAACAAUACAAAUCAUAUAUCCCAUGUCUUGCGUCACAUAAGAUCUGUUGUCGAUGAGGCCGAUCGAACGAUUUUUGGUGCCCAGGAAGAAAUCGAUAAGUUUAUGACGAAGUCGGACUCUAGUCUUGGUAACCAAUUGAUUAGCAAACCACGAAUGUUAGGUGAGGAGGAAAUGGAACUACUGAAUGUUGUUGAAUUGAUAAAAUGUUUCCAAGUGUUGGGAGAUUGUGAUAUCAAUAGCGAUUAUCACAAAAUAAUAAACGAAAAAUUCCAGUCAAUUGAUGAAGAUCCUUUCCUCUCACAGGAACUAAAACGUAGACUAGAAAUUACAAAUUUGGUUAAUCCCUCAUUGGAUCCUUUUAAUAACUUUAUGGAAUCCCAUCCAUUAUCGCAAGCUAUACCUCGAACAUUUGAGAAUGGGCUAAUUUUACCAGCAACGGAUGAUGUUAUCUGGUCGCUACAAUUAUUGGCCUUUAUUUCCAAAUACUCAUACUUAAGGUAUCCUUUGAGUAGCACGUAUUUCAUCAAUGGAUUAUCAUUUAGAAGUAAAAACCACCCACCCCCAUUGGAAACCGAUUGUGCAAGUACAGAUUUUGAUGAAUUAAUGAAUGAUUCUAAUGAUGAACCAUUUACUGCUGUUGAAUUUGAACGGUCUUUAGGAUUAUCGGAUUCCAAAUAUGACAUAUUGAAGGGCGAACUGGAGGAUAAACAGACGUACCAAAUUAGAUUAAUACAAGAGAAAAGAUUGGAGAAUUUGAAAAAAUUAUCCAACGAAAAUGAUAAGAAUAUCGUUGAAGAUUUUGUUGAGAUAUUGAAAACGGAGGACCAAGUUGAUAAAAUGGUAAUUCUCGAAAGGAUACGCCUAAACUCGAAUAAGAUCAAACACGAAUCGCUAGGCAAAUUGAGGACAAAGAAUAAAAUCAUCUAUCGAAAUAAAUUAAAGGAAUAUUCAAAAAAAUGGGACUAUGACAAUUCAUGGGAUGAAUUCGAGACACCUCUAGAGAUAUCUUCAUUGAUAGAUAAGGAAAUCCAGCCAUUUGUUACAUUGAACAUCUUCCCACUAAUUGAGAGGUUUACAGUAAGAUCGUGGUUUAGUGAAGACAUAUGUUAUUGGGCUGCUGUUGUUGUUAGGAAUGCAAACAGGAAAGAUGAAAAGAUGGGAGGCCGUAGACAAUGUGCUCAUUUUGGAUGUGGCAAAUGGGAAGAUCAUCCUAAACAGUUUUCCAAAUGCAGGCGAUGUAAGCGUGCCAAAUACUGUUCGAGGGAAUGUCAAACAAAGGCAUGGUUAUUCCACAAACAUUGGUGUGUACCUGCAAAUCAAGGAACUUCGGCACAGCAGACAAUUUCAAAUACAUCGAAUAGUGAACAAUAG